AUGGAUGUAACAGCGCAGUCAUUUGCUUACCAUCUUCCCCGCAUCUUAGAUGAGCUGGCGACCUGCUGCUUCGUAUCCAUGGACUUUGAGUUCUCCGGAAUUGCGACUGCUUCUUCAGCACCGAGCAGCGGAUCGCAGACCUUGCAGGAACGAUAUGAAGAAGUCAAGAGAUCGGCGGAGAAGUACCAGAUCUUGCAGGUUGGAUUGACAAUCUGUCACGAGGAUACUGGAAAAGCUACGUAUACACUGAAACCAUACAACAUAUGCCUGAGUCCAAUUAUCGACAAAAGAUUGGAGCUGGAGAGGGAUUGGAUGAUGCAGAGCGGUGCUGUUGAAUUCCUACUGGAGAACAAAUUUAGUAUGGACGCCGUCUUCAAAAACGGCGUCUGUUAUCUGUCGCGAGAAGAGGAGGAACUAGCGAUGGCCAAAGCCAUCGAAAGACGCGAUCGAGUUGCAACGCACACCUUGAUCGACGUCAAAGAAACCGAGCUUGAAUCACUGGCCUUUCUCCAGGCGGCCCGGCGUCUCGUAGAUGACUGGCUUGCAAUAAGGACUACACGCGACAGCUACCUCAAUAUCCCACCUCCCACUCGCAUCGGUCAUCUUCAAUCCUCCAAAUCGUUGCCAUCGACCCUGAACAGGUUCCAGAAGAGGCUUGUUCAUCAGUUGAUAGAGGUGGAAUACCCAUCGUUGGUGACGAUCAGCAACCCUGGCUUUAUCCAGAUCAUUGAUUACGAUGAAGAGCGAGAAAGAUCUCUUCGAGAGCAAAGACUGAACAGAGUACAGGAAAGGAUCUGGAAGCAGACAGGCUUCAGAUGGAUAGCGGAGGCCCUUGCCGGAGGAGAUCUGUCCAACCUUGAUACCAGUUUCUUCAUUGGUAUUAUGUCGAACUCCGCUGCUGUGAAGCCUAUAUACUCGCUCCGAGAGUUCUCUGAGAAGCUCAGAGAGCGGCUGCAGGAACAUCGACCCGUGCUAGGUCAUAACAUUUUCUCCGAUCUUAUAUACUUCUACCGCUGCUUCUUUGGACCUCUUCCGGAUAAGGUAGAAGAUUUCCAAUCAACGAUGCACGAACUAUUUCCUGUCCUCAUGGAUACGAAAUACAUGGCGACACAUAACUGCGGUUCGAUCAACCCUAGGUCAUCGUUGCCAGAAAUCAAUGAUAGCUUGUCGAAGAGAGCAACUCCAAAGAUCGAAAUCCACUCGCAGUAUUCAAAGUACAAUACUCGGAAAAUCGAACACGAAGCUGGCUACGAUAGCUUGCUCUCCGCUCAGAUCUUCAUCAGGUUAUCUGCCCAGCUCCGUGAUGGAAGAGAGUCACCUCCAGAAUCCUCAUCCUUCGCAGACCUUCCACACCAGGUAUCCCCUGAGCGGGUCGCCGAAUGGACGGAAACCGAGGAUCGACUGAAUAAUACCAGACAAAAUACUCUAGUUGCAGACUCACAAAGACACCAUCGCGGCCAGGGCCGACAUGACUUACCCCAAGCGCCUAAACCAAAUGCCUUUGGGACAAGAUUUGAUUUGCUCGAGAUCGAAGAGAUCAUUGACAGCAUCGACAGUGACAUACCCACCGAUGACCGUAAGUUAUCAUUGGCACCCAGCGACUCUGCCGAACUCAUGCGUAAAGCGAACUCUGGUGAAUUAAUCCCCCGCCUUGGAGCCAAGUUCUGGAAAGUCUACGGUAAUAAGUUGCGAGUUUUUGGCACGUUGGAGAGAGUGUGCAUUAUAGGAGCAUCGUAA